AGAUAGGAGGAGCCGGAGAUCGAACCAGCAACCUUCCGGUUACCUGCCAAGUUAACUCGCACGACCUCCUGAGCUGCCUCCGAUGGCAUGACUACCGUACCCACGUUAGUUCACGACUGUUUUAUGUUUUAUAACUCUAUGCGUUUUGUUUUCGAUUGAGUGGGAUUAUUGGGAGUAUUUCAUUUAAUCGAGACUACGAUGUCGGGGGACGAACGUCAAACGAGACAACUGACUGCCGCAGAGACUGCUGCAUCUUUGGACACUAUGGUCCAUGAGUUCAAAGAAGAAUUAUCCAGAAUCUUGCAGGAGAACGAAGAGCUUAAAUCAAAAUGCAGUUAUUUAGAGCUUCGGUUGACUAAACAACCGAAACCUAACAUCCAGGCAGUGGACUCUGAACAUGGGACAACUUGUGACAAAGGAGUCCAGUGUGACCUCUGUUGCAAUGAACAAGGUUUCAGAAACUCACUGCAAGGAAAUAUGGAGCAGAAAAAGGCGGAUCAGAGGAGGGGAGGUAACCAGAUCCAGCAGUUCCCUUUGAAUAUUCACGGAGAAGAACCUUUAAUCAAGGAUGAGAUUCUGGAGACAUGCCUGGUCCACACAAGAGUACCCAACGACGUUCCAGAUUCAGUGACUCCCCUUGAAAAAGGCCAGGAAGAUGACCACAACAAACUAACAGCAAGAAACAUGUUGUGUCACUUUGAAAGGGGUGAAGAAUCUGAACUUGAUUCUCCACCAGAAGAAGGGCAAUCGCAAAAGAUCUCUCAGGAAGUUUUCAGAGUGGAUGAAUCCAUGGCAAAUAAAAAUAAGGUUACAGUGCAGACAUCUUCUAACAGGGAGGUUAAAUCUGAACAUCUCAUCCAGUUAUCAGAUGAAUUGUCCGCCUCAAUGAAGGGUGAAUCUUGCGAUUCCGGAAUCGGCUUGAAAGAAAUCGGGGUUGAUGUCCAAACAGAAUCAUCAGCACGGACAAACGAACGCAGAGGACCUGUGAUAAUUAUAGGGAAGGGCAUAGUUCCGUAUCCACACGUUAAUCUUGCCAUCAGAAAUAGUUUGUCAAUCAUUUCCACGGCAACCUCUAGCAGAAGCCGGCCACCGCAGAAGGCCAGUCUAUCUGAGCUCCAAAUCCAACCUGAAGCAGAAACCGGUCCAGUAUUGAGACUCCCGGGUAGGAGGCCUAGGAGCUUUGUUGAACAACUGCCAUUGCAGGGGACUAUGUCGCCCCCUCUAACAUCUGAUAAUUGUACAGCCAAAAAGGCAUCGGAGAGGCCCUCCAAACCUGUCGAGUUAGAUCAACAUGGUCGUGUUCCCUGCUUGGCAGCCUCUUUCCCUAUAGGGUACUUUUCAGAAGAUGCAGAACUAUCCGGUUUACAUCAAGCAUACAAGGAGAUGGAGGAAGACGUUGUUCCCUCAGCAGCUGAGGGUUUGGAACCCCCUCCGUCGGAGGUACCAAAAUCCAAAUCUUUUACAUCGAUUUCCAAAGUAGAAGCAUCCUGUGAUAGGUUAGGCGUUUCAAACACAAAGGACGUACCUGAAACCAAGUUUGCUUCCACUCCAGAGACGGCGACACAUAAUACCAAGCGCCGGUUACGAAAAGGUUUUGUGAAACGACUUAAAGGAGCAGGACCUUCCCACGGUGCGGAGACGACCAGUUUACCCACAGAGGACGUUCUCAUAGUUGAACACCACUCUGAUAAGGCAGGAGAGCUCGCCCAAAAGCCAGAUGCUGGGAGUCCAAAAUGCAACACUAAUAAACCAACUCCCUGUGGUCUCGAAGGCCUUAGAUCAGUAACAAACAAAUUGAGCUCUUCUACUAAAAAGCGUAGAUUAAAUCCAGAAAAGCCAAGACCUGAGGAGAGUGUCGGUUUGGUCAACAAUGCUUUUACUUUGAGGACAAUAAAGACUGAGGCAGUUUGGAUACCACCAGUACUAGAAGGCAGUAAACCUGAACUGGGAAAUGAUAGCCGCUGCGACCGGCUUCCUACAAAGUGGUCAACUAGAUACGCAACUCGUAAACGGCUCACCAGUCCUCGUCUUGUCACACGAAAGCAUCGGCCACCCUUCACUCAGUCUGGUUCCAGUCCCAGUUCCAACAACAGCCCCUGUGCCCCAAGAACCGGCAGGUACUCUCACCGGGGGUCUACCCACCCCACAGCUGCAGAAACAUCCCCCCUCCCGUCGACAUCGCAGCCAUUCUCGUUCAACAGAGAAAGUCUGCUCAGAAACCAGUGUGAACAAUGUGGCCGUGUCCUCAGCAGCAAAGCAGCCCUGCAGAAGCACGUAAGCCUCCAUUCAGGCAAGAAGCUCUUCUCCUGCUCCCUCUGCAGCCAGAUCUUCCCAGACCCGCAGGCGCUAACUCGACACGGACGGGUGCACCGCAACGGAAAGAUAUACAUUUGCCCACAGUGCAACGAGGGUUUUGCGUACAGAUUCGGCCUCACUCAACACCUGCAAAUGGUACACAGUAGAAUAAAACCCUUUGUUUGCCACAUCUGCCAGAAGAGCUACUUCUGGAGGAAAGAUUUUGAAUCCCAUUUCCGAGUCCACACCGGAACCGCACAGCAGUUCCCGUGCAAUCUCUGUGACAAAAGAUUCAACCGGAGAGUGGAACUGGUGGUCCAUCUGAGGAUCCACAGCAGGGAGAAGAGGCAUUGGUGUCCGUACUGUGGAAAGGAGUUCCUGGACUACAGCAACCUGAAAAGGCACAAGUACACCCACACCGGAGAACGGCCCUACGCCUGUGCCCACUGCACCAAGAGCUUUGUACAGUCCGGACACUUGAAGAAGCAUUUGAGGAAUGUUCACAAGGUUGAUGUGUACGCUGAUUUGCAAUAGGUCUGUGGCAUUGUUAACUGUAGCAAUAUGCUAGAAGAUAUGACCCCACCUGAUGAUUUACAAUGAGUCCUGCAAUUGUAUUGCAGUGCAAAGGUUCAAGCACUAAAAUAAAUGUUUGUUCGUAAGCUAUUGAUUAAAUUCAGAAGUGUCGUGGUUUCUGUUCUCGAUCAUAAAAUCUUCGAUUUAACCAAACAUUUUGAAAGCAUUUAAUUGUCUUUGAAAUCUGGUGCAUCAGUUUAUCAGUUGCAUUAUGUGAGACAAAGAAUCUCGCAUAUACACAAAUAUUUUAUUUCAUUUGAAUUGAUCCUCUCAUGUGGUGCGUUCUUAUUCACAAAAGGUAUUUAAGCAAAUAUUUUAAGUAAUAAUUGUAAAUUCAUAAAAAAAACUCAUGUACAAUUAUUUCUAACUCCUGGCAAUCAAAGCGGCCAGCAACAGACACAGCAACAACAGCGGGCGGGCCAGGCCAAGGGAGGGAGGGCCCCCUGCCGGGACGGUGGGAGUAGGGCCCACUGACGGGACGAUGGUCGGAGGGCCCACUGACGGGGCGAUGGUUGGCGGGGCGAUGGAGUGGUAACAUGUUCCCACGUUGCCCACUUUAUCGACGGCCACGAUUUCAACGAUCUGGGAGCAGCAGGAGGCGUUGUAGGAGGCCUCGAUGUCUAGGUGGGUCAGAGCGUCGUGGGAGAGUACUCCGUCUCCCUGCCGCAGAGUGAUGCGGUUGAUGCCCGUCCCGUUACCGUCGGUGACGUUGGCGGAGAGAUUCCAGCGGAAAGACGCACACUGAGACACGUUCGUGGGACAGUCGUCCGCCGCGACUCGGUCUACUUUACACGUUGGUCGGACAAAGUCUGUAAUCUGGAAAGGACAUGAAGCAGUCUUAGCACGUAUAAUUAUUAUAUUUAAUCAUAAAGCACUAUUAGUUCUGAAUUUAAUAAAGAGUUCUGACUUUGAGUCAGAAUUCUGACUUUAAACUCAGAAUUCUGACUUUAAACUCAGAACUCAAAAAAAUUCACAUGAGGCCUCUUCUGUAGACUAGCGAUUACCAAUAUUAUCCAGAUUUGAGCUAACCAAUAUUGUGUAUUUCUAGAGUUCCUUCCAGUACACCUAUGGAAGGGAGUGGUUACCUUGGUGACAACAGACAGCCUUAAGACAGCAUAGUUGGAAUCAGCUGAGGCAGAGGUCUUGGCCUCUAUGGUCAGUGUGAUGUCGGUGCCUGAUGGUGUGUCUUUAGGUGGUGUGAUGGUCAGAGUAGCAUUAGCAUACUGCCCGGUCGUCAAUGGAACACUGGCAUGAAAUCAAGAAACAUGUUUUAAUAUUAAAUUCAGGUUAUGAUCUCUAAAUGUAGGAUGAACCCCAGUAGCUUUAGCGAAAGUAACAACCCAGUGAAGGUUGCUGGUUAUGAAAUCAUGAAUUCAACCUUUAGUUAGGCAGGAACAUUUGUUUUAUACCCUACCUUUUGGGGAAUAUCAUAGGGAAUGCUCUGUUAUUCCUGGCGUUGAUGGAGCAUGGCCCGCCAGCGCCCUCUGUCAUCACGCUGAAGGGAAUAAUCAGCAUUUGUCCCGGCUCGACGCUGCUGUCCACCACUGCCUGGGGAAGCACAGGCACUUCAUUCACUUCAUGUCUUCAUUGUCAUCAGUUUGGUUGCUGUAUAUGCUACAAUUAUUGACGCUAUUAUCCAAAGUGACUUACAAUAAUUACAUUUGUCAGAAGAAGAUAAACAACAUUAUAUGUCUGGUACAGAUAGGAUGUUCAUAGAACCAAGUGCCAAGCACUAACAAUCGCUAGGUUAACCCAUUCUCCGCAUGCAACAGAGAUAGCUAGGAUAAGAUGCUACAAAAUGCUAAGUACUAUUUUUAUGUGCAAGGACGUAUAAUAUACAAUAAGUGCGUAAGAUGCUUGUAUCCAAAGCGACAUGCAGGGAAUUCAGAUCCAUCGGUCGUUUAUCGUCUUCGGUGUGUUCAAUGAGGCUGACCGUGACGAGGACUUUAGAGACGCUCAUCUGGGUGGUGGACUGGCGCUGGAACUGACUCCCGGACACCGAGUCCGUCCCCGUCAGGAUCACCACAAACUCCCCCUGUGGAACGGCGUCCACCGUGACCAGGAUGUCCCCGUUGCCCAUGUCCGUCGUCGAGCCUCUGCUCACGUUCUCAGCCCGGGACACCGGAAUGAGGCCCACCUCGCCCACCGUGACCGACGCAGGCCCCUUCCGGCCCAUCACCGACAGCAACAACAUGGUCGGCCUGCCUGAGUUUAAACAGUGGGAUUGUUUUAUAAUUUUCAACGUCUUCCAUGCAUCCGUUGUACCUGUUUCACUAUAGGGUAAUGAUUGAUUCUAGCAACUUACAACGGUUCAUACACACAUUCACGCACUGACGGCGGAGUCAACGCCACAAGGCGACCAGCUCGCCAGGGGCAGUUACGGUGAGGUUUCUUGCCCAGGGACACAUAGACACUCAGCUAGGAGGAGGCGGGGAUUUAACUAGCAACCUUCCGGUUACUAGUCAGCCCAUUCUACCUCCUGAACUACUGCUGCCGCUGAAACAAUAUUUACCUGCUUGUGGACGCCCGGCGAUUGGUGCAUAACCGGGAUGGGGUCCCUCGAAGGGGACCACAAAGUCAUAGAUGAAGGUAAUGGUAUUCUGGCCUAGAGGUUUUAACACACACAGACACACACACACACAAACAGGUACAUAUUACACCUAUG